CCGCCCGCCCGCUCGCUCGCCCGAGCCGCGCCCUCCGGAGGGCGGCUUCCUGGCUGUCAAACCGCAGUGGGAGCGAGGGGAGCAGGGUGUGGAGUCCGUUCCUCGGGGCACCCCGCAAGCGCGAGAGGAAAGGGUGAGCUCCACUUUGCUGCAGAGUUAGGAACCUGUCUGCGCCCCCCUUGAUUGUUACAGCCUCCCCGGAUGUUCUGCGGCCUGAGGAUCCGGCUCCACUGAGGUCCCGCAGGACGUCUUCCUGGCCUUGCAUCGCAUCAGGACUUCCCUGGAAUUGCUUUUUUUUUUUUUUUUUAAAGUCUGAUCUUGACAGCCGCUAGCCUACCGCGGUUGCAUGCGUGUCCCAGGCCUCCUCUGGCGCUCUUGAAAAUUCCGAGUUUCUCGAGUUGGCAUUACCCACAGCGCGGCUGCUGACGUCAGGCAGACCUGAGCCGAAGCCCACGGUGCGUGGCCCGGGAGUAGGCGAGGUGAUGAGCUGCUGAGAAGCGGUGCAGAGGGGGCGCCCCCCAUGCUUCCCUGCUUCCAGCUGCUGCGCAUAGGGGGCGGCAGGGGCGGUGAUCUCUACACCUUCCACCCCCCGUCCAGAUCGGGCUGCACCUAUCGGUUGGGCUGCAGGGCCGACCUGUGUGAUGUGGCCCUGCGGCCCCAGCAGGAGCCGGGCCUCAUCUCUGGGGUCCACGCUUUGCUGCAUGCCGAGCUCCAAGGGGACGCCUGGAGGGUCAGCCUGGAGGACCACAGCAGCCAAGGGACUUUGGUCAACAAUGUCCGACUCCCAAGGGGUCACAGGCUGGAGUUGAGUGAUGGUGACCUUCUGACCUUUGGCCCCGAAGGGCAAGCAGGAACCAGCUCCUCGGAAUUCUACUUCAUGUUCCAGCAAGUCCGGGUCAAACCUCAGGACUUUGCAGCAAUCACUGUCCCUCGGUCCAGGGGAGGAGCUGGGACUGGCUUCCAGCCGAUGGUGCCCCCCCAGGGGGCACCCCAGCGGCCACUCAGCACCCUGUCCUCCGCUCCCAAGGCCACGCUGAUCCUCAACUCCAUCGGCAGCCUCAGCAAGCUGCAGCCUCAGCCCCUCACCUUCUCCCGGGGCGGCGGCAGACCGCAGAGCCUGGCUGUUCCCAUCCAGCCAGAAGUGGGAGCCUCGCCUACCCCACCCACAAGGAACCGGAGGAAAUCAGCUCACAGAGUGUUGGCAGAGCUGGAUGAUGAGAGCGAGGCUUCCCUGAGCCCUCUGUCAGCCCUCAUGGAGCCCAGGAAGAAGCUCCGUGUGGAGAAGGCUGCUCUGGUGUCCAGUGGGAGGGAAUAACCACAUUGCUACAGGCUGACAAGGCUGAGGCGACAGAAAAAAGAUGGUUUCCUGCCUUCAAGUAACCAGUGAGCUGGAAUGCCCAGUGACAAGGAAUCCAGCCUUGUUCCCAUGGACACCUGAGUACCUGCAGCUAGAGCAACCAUCGCAGAAACCACCCCGGACUUCCUUAUGCCACGGCUAGCGCCGCCGCCGCCACCUCCCGAGUCUCUGAGGAGUCUCUCUGAGUGGCUUUUCACAGCCUUGCCUUUGUAACAAAUAAAAUAAACUGCUUCAUCCA